AAGCGCUGCCGCGAUCACCGUGACGGCGCCUGCGCGUCGACGCGACGACAGCGCACCAUUGUUGUCGUUUGUCCUCCAUUGUUCUCUGUGUUCUCUCCUUACCGUUCGCCGCUAUUUAUCUCCUAACCAUUCGCUGUGUGCGUUAGCAUCCCCCGGUGAGCCUCAGCAAGCGUUGUCCUCGUCGUGUCUACAGCAUUUAGCUCGCAAUGGCCGUCCAGUCGUACCGCGCACACUCCAUUCACGGGCCUUUCGGCUCUGCAUUCGCCGCUAAUUCUUCCCUCUCAUCGGCGCAGGCGUCGUCGUUCACUAAACUCCCGAACGUCUCCGUCAAUCCCCAUGGCAAAGCCGCCAACUUCUUCGUCCCCGCCGCCCGCACACGGCCGACUCUGACGUUGCAGACCGCCUCCGUCCAACGCCUCCGCAGGCCAGCGCCGCCGCCUCCGUCGCGGCAGACACGCGCUGCGUUGACCACGCUCGCAGAGGACCCCUUUAUGGACCAGCCGAUCAUUGCAGUAGUGAGCCCAUCGUAUCGCUCGGCCCCUUCCUCUCCUCCAAUCGCCUCUCGUACGCGCAUACCGCCGCCUGUAUACGCAGAGUCCUCAGCAUCUUCCGUAUCCCCUCAAGAAUCUCACCGUGUCGCUCCUGCUAAGCCCGUCGUCAUCCCGCCCGGCAUUCAGCCUGUCAUGCUCCUGCCCGAGUUCGGGUAUCAACAUGUCAGGGGAAGACUUGUGGCCUGCAUGUUGCUCAACAGGAACUGUGGGCGACCCAUGCGGAGGCGCAGGCCCUUCUGCAUGGCCGGGGGGGCCUACGUCCCGAGCGCGCUUUCGAGGAUGGUGGCCGUCGACUCAUCUGCGUAGACUGCGCCGCGCGGACCCCCCUAGACCAACCGGAGUCCUCUUCACCCUCGUUACGGAUUCCCAUACACAUUGUAUCACCAUACCGCUCGAACAUAAUCGUCGCUUGUUUGUCGCAAUCUCCGCACUUUCUCUGCACGCAUGAAGAUAUUUGUCCAAUCGUUGGUUCAUUGGUUCGCACUGUACGAAUAUAGUACGCAUGUCUAUAAUAGCAUUGCAUGGUUAUUUGGUUUCUUGGCUCGUACAUCACGCGAGGGGGCAACUUCGGCAUCGUAGAGGUCGGAUGCUCCUCAAGUGGCGAUUGAGGUAUCAUCAGUGCUCGCGAUCGUGUUUUGUGUUAGACAAAUGAGAUGAUGUUUCCCAUUU